UCAGUCAACAAACCCGUCAGGCAGUCCAGUCCAGUCCACUUAACAGCAGCAGGUCGAAACACAACGGCGAUGCUGUGGGGUCUUGUUUUAUGGCUGCCGCCUCCCUGCGGAUGAUUUAUUUUUAAAAAGCAUUUGCCACAUCGAGGAAAAUAUUUCGUACGUGCAGAGGCUGGGUAAAGGUAAUAAGUAUCACGAUUUCGGCAGCGAAUGUAACUAACACACAGCUGGUCACGCGGUUAACUUUUUAAUGAAGUGUCGAUGCGAAGAGCGGAUUCGAACGACUCAGCGACGGCCAAAAAGGCCUGUAAGAUUUUCUAUUUUUGCUUAUACGAAGAGCCGCGCGGAUUUUCAUGGAGCCGCUACUUUUCGACGGUGCAGCAAAGUGUAGUAGCACCUCCAGUAACGUCAGCUAAUGCUAGCAGCUAGGUAAGCUAGGUAGGUGUUAGCCGCCAGCCCAGCGGCACAGUACAGUAGUUAGCCGCACACAUCCGCACAACUUUGUCAAUGCAAUAGGAUUCGCUGCACAUUUAAACAAAAAUCCAUCUAAAAAGUCAACUACUGUGUUUUUAUAUGUGAGUGACUUGUUGGGUGCACUAAAGGGCUAUGUCGAGUUGUGCUUUUGUGCUCGGCGUGACGAAGAUUACUCCUAGAAAACGAAAAUCCGUCCGUAAGAUGUAUCAUCUGUAAACAGCCUAAACCCCCUCCACCGACGCGCAAUGUCGGAUCACGCCUAGUGAACAGUCCCAGUUUUGGCAGAAAACUGAGCUUCAAGUCGUGCAGGUUGCCCCACAUAUUUGUGCUGAUGCGAACUAACCGAGGAGUUGUUCUUUUUUUCAUCUGACGAGAAAGGGAUACGGGUAAAUUGUCCUCAGGCAUAUUUUUUUGUCGGCUCCUUGCAUCAAAAUGUCGGCCAUCUCUGCAUUCGAGAAAGUGGACGGAUUUACGAGAAAGUCCGUUUGGAAGGCCCAGAAACAGAGAAAAUCCCCGAGCUCGUCUCAAUACAGGACUCCAAUCGCCCCUGUGGAGCUUUCGUCCCUGCCCCAGCUAAAAGACGCUCCCUCCACUGAGCAGCAGGAACUUUUCACCCAGAAACUCCAGCAGUGCUGCGUGCUCUUUGACUUCCUGGACUCGGUGACCAACCUGAAGAGCAAGGAGAUCAAGAGGGCCACGCUGAAUGAGCUGGUGGACUAUGUGUCCACCAACAGAGGAGUGCUCGUGGAGUCUGCGUACCCUGAGAUCACCAACAUGAUCAGCACUAACAUAUUCCGUACACUUGCGCCGAGUGACAACCCGGAUUUUGACCCAGAAGAGGAUGAACCCACUCUAGAAGCUUCAUGGCCUCAUAUCCAGCUUGUUUAUGAGUUCCUACUGCGCUUUCUUGAAAAUCCGGAUUUCCAGCCCAGUAUUGCAAAGCGCUACAUCGAUCAAAAGUUUGUACUCCAGCUUUUGGAGCUGUUUGACAGUGAAGAUCCAAGGGAGAGGGAAUUCCUGAAGACCAUCUUGCACCGGAUAUACGGAAAGUUCCUGGGUCUACGGGCCUUCAUCCGGAAGCAGAUUAACAACAUCUUCUUGCGGUUCAUCUAUGAGACUGAACAUUUCAACGGAGUGGCUGAACUACUAGAAAUUCUGGGAAGCAUCAUCAAUGGCUUUGCACUGCCUUUGAAGGCGGAGCACAAACAGUUUCUGAUGAAGGUGCUCAUCCCGUUACACACAGCGAAGGGACUGGCCCUCUUUCACGCACAGCUGGCGUACUGUGUGGUCCAGUUCCUGGAAAAGGAUCCCACGCUCACUGAACCGGUGAUCCGAGGCUUGCUGAAAUUUUGGCCCAAGACGUGCAGCCAGAAAGAGGUGAUGUUCCUGGGUGAGAUUGAGGAGAUUUUGGAUGUCAUUGAGCCUACACAGUUCAAGAAAAUCCAGGAACCGUUGUUCAAGCAGAUCUCCAAAUGUGUGGCUAAUCCCCACUUUCAGGUAGCGGAGCGAGCGCUCUACUUCUGGAAUAACGAGUACAUUCUCAGCCUCAUCGAGGAGAACAUCGACAAGAUCCUCCCCAUCAUGUUUGGUAGCCUCUACCGAAUGUCCAAAGAGCACUGGAAUCAGACCAUUGUCUCUCUGGUCUACAAUGUGCUGAAGACACUGAUGGAGAUGAACUGUAGUCUGUUUGACGGGUUGACCUCCUCCUAUAAAUCAGACCGGCAACGGGAGAAGAAGAAGGAGCAAGAGCGCGACGAGCUGUGGAGGAAGCUGGAAGAGUUGAGGCUCGUCAACACCACGCUUGAACAGAACAACAGCCACAAGCUCCUUGGUGUCCAGAACAACAACAAGAAUAGCAAUAACAACAACCAGGACAAGGCCGCUGACCAAGAUUACGGUGACCACUGAGAACCGGAGAGCGACCCACGUGCCAAAAACAAACUGCACUCUCGCUUUUUUUUUUUGGUUGGCGCCGUCUCUGCGACUGUCAGAGGAUGAACAAAGAUGGGAGACAAGCUACACCUCACUUUAUAAAACGUUUUUGAGUGACUUCAAACGCCUCACGGAAAACAAGGUUUGACGUUAGUGCGCAGCCGCAGCAGUAUGUUGUUGCUUUGUCUGCUCUUGUCGUAUUCAAUGUACAUGUUUUGUGGUUUGAGAAAAUAAUGACAUGAAUUCAGCCUUUCAGGUUGUUUCUGCGACAAGCUGAAUAGCGCAAACCAAGAUGUCUAUUUUGUAUUCUGUGUCGUCGCUGCCAAGUGCGGUAAGUGCAUUCUGGGAGUAGUUGAGGCAGACGGGACCAGACUUCACUCUUGAAACAUUGAAACAUGCACAAAUGUACAGAACAGAGAUGGACGGAACAAUCGGCAUCGAUGUUCCAAUCUGAUAUGCGUGUAAGACUGUCCAGUGGGGGUGUUUGGAGUUCAAUCAUCUUCACAUUUAGUUUUACAUUUCAGGUAUUUGAUUUUUCCAAUCUUUGUGCCUCCAUGUGAGUGGCGCAGCAGCUUUUAUUACAAGCAUUUACACUGAAGAAUUGACACAGGGCUUUUCAAUUGUUGGCGGGGGACACCGUGACGCUGCUGUCGUCUUUCAGUGGAUGAUAGCUGGUAGCUCAGCAUGAAGCCUGGAAACGAACACAAAAUCAACACCGCUACACAAAAAAAUGGUCAUUUUGUUGAACUUGUACUUCAGGGCUGUCACAAUAGCUCUCGUUCAGAAAAAAAAAACUACACCUGGGAUGAGAAGUAAUAGCACAAUAAAUGAAAACAAACUUGAUAAUUUUGCCCUUUCAGUAUAUUGCCAUGUGCAUGCGUGUCUGGUGUCCUCGUUUCUCUCGCCUCCAAAAAAAAAGCAGUGAGAGAGAUCACUCUGUGCAUUUUGUUCCAUAGAACAACAGCAUAAAUGGAGUGAGCCCUUAUUGUCAGUCAUACAGUUUUUGUCUCAACGGGUGGAAGGCGGCGCUGGUAGUAUACACAGACUGCAGAAGAGUGUAACGUAGAAGAAAUUAAAUGAGUAGAUUGCAAUAUAUUGUCACAUAUUUUUUCAUUGUACUUUUCUUUAAAAUGUUAAAAUCUCAUCUCGUUCUCGUAGGCUCUCAUGUGCCGUCUUCUUUACUGUUUUGUGACCCCCCUGUUGUAGAUGAGACCGGGAACACACUACGGCACGUGUGUCAGACUCGUGACUCGGCUUGCACUGCAAUUUCAUACAGCCCAAGGAACUGAAAAUAGCAUUGAGUUGCUAACAGCGAUCUGCGUAAUUAAGCAAUUCCUCCAAUAUAAAGUACUGCUCUGGAAUUUUAAUUUUAAAAGUAGAAACAAUAUUGUUUUCAUUCAUUAUCUACCGCUUAUCCUCACUAGGGUCGCGGGGGUUCUGGAACCUAUCCCAGCUGUCUUUGGGCGAGAGGCCGCGUACACCCUGGACUGGUCACCAGCCAAUCACAGGGUAUAGACAAACAACCAUUCACACUCACAUUCAUACUUAUGGACAAUUUGGAGCCACCCAUUAACCUAGCAUGUUUUUGGAAUGUGGGAGGAAACCGGAGUACCCAGAGAAAACCCACACAUUCACGGAGAGAACAUGCAAACUCCACACAGAGAUGGCCGAGGGUGGAAUUGAACUCCGGUGCCCUAACUGUGAGGCCUGCAUACUAACCACUCUUCUGUCAUACAGCCUACAAUAUAGCACCAUAUUCACAAGCAUUCUUAAGGGUGCCAGAUUGAGACCGAAAUAAUUUGACGCAACUUUAACGGUCUGUACAAAAUAAGCUCUUAAGAGUCAUAAAACAGUCAAGUCAUCACUUUAACAACAGCAACGCACAGCUGUUCAUGUGUGUGGGAGAUAAUGUCCAGUUCGGCCCCCUGUGUGAUUGAGUAUAACACCCCACAACACAUUUGUAAGACAAAUGAUUGUAGGAUGUAGGAUGGCAUGUAACAAAAAAAGGGGGGAACAAACACACAUCUGCAUCAUUGGAUGAUGUCCGCAAACAAACACUGCUUGAGGGCAAAGUUCAUCCAAUCUUAGGUUUUCAACCCGUGUUCUUGGCAUAUUCAUAUGCCAAUCCCCUAAACUCCUUUGGUCAAAGUCCCUAGUAAAGUUUUGACUUCUUUAAGGAGGUAUUGCACCAUUCAAACACAGCAAGCUUUUUGGCUUAACCCAUUGCUUUAUUCCUUAAGACAUGUAUCACAUGUAUUUUCUUGAGAUAACCAGCAAGUACCAAGCAAUGUCGUGAAAUUGCCACAGUCUUUUUUUUUUGUCGUAUUUUGAUUGGACAUCAGGAAAUGAUAUUUUGACUCCAGUGGUUGCCGAUACUUCGAACAUCCCAAAAAAUUCACUAAAAACAUGUAAAAAUCAAAAUGUGACAGCUUCCACAAUGGUGCUCAUUCCAAUAUGGUGGCAGCGCCAUCCUCCCCGCACACACAUCAUACCCUGUUUCCAGCCUUCAUGCCAAAAACACUCCACAGCAUGUAUGGGAUGUAUUUUUCCAUCACGUCUAACGCCAGUGAGGGAAGCAGAGUAUUUUUUUUAACUUAAAAUUAUUUCUGUAAAAAAAAAAGGAAACAAAAACAAAACAUACAGUACUAUAUUUUUCCAAAGUGAAUAUUUUUUUGUUGUUGUUGAGUUCAUUUUGCAAAUGGGCUAAAGAUGGGAUGCCAGGUAUGGGUUUGAUUGUACAAUAUAUUUGUGGAGUGGUCGCACAUGUAAGCUAGACGUCACCACUCUUAUUAUUAUUAUUUAAAGGGGACCUGUAUGACGUUGUCGGUUUAAAUGUGUUGACGUACAGUAACAUACAGGUCGUCGCUGGGAUGCGAUACGUUUAUAUUCCGCUGUCAUGUUAUCAAGUGUAGGGAUGCUGCCCACUGGCUUCCUUUUUAAGAUGCUCUACUAAACCUGAAAGGGUCAAUUCAUUGAUAUACGUAUAUAUUCUAUAUUAAGAGCUUAUUCUUCAUCUUUCUUCUUCACGGUAGUGCUGUAAUUGUGCAGGAACAGGUCAAAAAGACUUUAUUUUCCGGAGGUGUAUUAUGAAGUAGCGAAAUAAGAAAAUAAAGGUCAUAAAAUCCUACCUGUUCCUGUUCACACUCUUUACCUCCAGUCUUAAUAACCUCAGAUAGUUUUCAUCGGGAAGCAUUCAUCUGCUACUCAUCCUGAUAGGAAUGUUGUAUUCUUUUUUAGUUCCGCUUUCUCUGAUGCCUUUCUGUCAGUACAGCAUUCCAACGUCUGUGUUGUGUUUUCUUUGGACGAGGGGUGGGAAGCUGUUUUGUAAUCGCAGAUAGAUUUUACCAAGGUUUCUUCAUCAAAUAAAGUCUAUUCUAUCUUUCUA